AGAGGAGUGCAGCAGCCUGAAAUAUAGCCCUCCAGAGCAGCUGAGCAUUGCACAGCAAUCAUGAGUGAGAUCACUAAGGAUUCCUUGGAGAGCAGCCUACGGCAAUUAAAAUGCCAUUUCACCUGGAACUUGGUAAAGGAAGAAAAUUCCUUGGAUGAUUUUGAGGACAGAGUGUUUAACCAGACUGAAUUUCAGAACAGUGAAUUCAAAGCCACAAUGUGCAACCUAUUGGCCUACAUAAAGCACUGCAGAGGCCACAAUGAAGAAGCCCUGGAAAGCUUACGGCAAGCAGAAGAGUUAAUCCAGCAAGAGCACACUGGCCAAGCAGAAAUCAGAAGUCUGGUCACCUGGGGAAACUAUGCCUGGGUCUACUAUCACAUGGGCCAACUCUCAAAAGCUCAAAUUUAUGUAGAUAAAGUGAAACAUGUCUGCGAGAAAUUUUCCAGUCCCUAUAGAAUUGAGAGUCCUGAGAUGGAUUGUGAGGAAGGGUGGACACGGUUAAAAUGUGGAAAAGAGCAAAAUGAAAAGGCAAAGGUGUGUUUCCAGAAGGCUCUGGAAAGGAACCGAGAGAACCCAGAAUUCACCUCUGGAUUGGCAAUCGCGUGCUACCGUCUGGAUAGCCAGCCGCCAUCUCAGGACCCCACUGUCCCUCUGAGGCAAGCCAUUGAACUGAAUCCUGACAAUCAGUAUGUCAAAGUCCUCCUGGCUCUGAAACUUCAAAAGAUAAAUGAAGAAAAUGAAGGAGAGAGGCUAGUUGAAGAAGCCUUGGAAAAUAGCCCAAGUGCAACAGAUGUACUUCGCAGUGCAGCAAAGUUUUAUCGAAAAAAACGUGUCCCGGACAAAGCUAUUGAACUGCUUAGAAAGGCUUUAGAAUGCAUGCCAAACAAUGCCUAUGUGCACUGUCAGAUCGGGUGCUGCUAUAGGGCAAAAGUCCUUGAAAUAGUGAAUAGGAGAGAGAAUGAAAUGUGUGGGGAAAGAGAGAAGUUUCUGGAACUAAUAGAACAAGCUGUGGAUCAUUUUAAAAAAGCGGAUGGAAUGAAUGGAAAUCUCUCCCGUAUACAUUCCUAUCUUGCCUGCCUCUAUGCUCUGGCAGAUCAGUACAAAGAAGCAGAGUAUUACUUCCAAAAAGAAUUCAGCAAGGAGCUUACUCCUGUACUGAAACAGGUGCUCCAUCUGCGGUAUGGCAACUUUCAGUGGUUUCAAAUGAAGUGUGAAGACAAGGCCAUCCACCAUUUUAUAGAGGGUGUGAAAAUAAACCGGGAAACAAAAGAGAGAGAAAAGAUGAAAAACAAACUGCGAAAAAUUGCCGAAACGCGGCUUUCUAAGAAUGAGGCAGAUUCUGAGGCUUUGAGUAUCUUGGUCUUCCUUCAGGAGCUGGACAGAGGAAUGCAACAAGCAGAGGAAGACUAUGAGAUGGUUUUGGACUGA